ACGAAAACUCUUUUAAGUGUUUGCAUCACCUUCAGAUCGUCGUGUAACAAAAAAUGGCGAAACAACGCGAGGCCACAAUGGUAAUGAUGGCGGACCUUGAAUCCCGCACUCAUUGUGUCGCACAGGAAGGAUAGCGAAGAUGAGGACCAAUUUACUGUCUAAUUGCAGCAUCGGCCCAAGGUGGCAGAUUCCGCCUGACACAUUCUCCACCGCGCCUCGAAGUGGGGAGGACCUCGCCGCCCCAAGCGUCUGUGAUGCUUACGAGGACCCGCCUGACGGAGGUGAAAGCUUUCCGGGAACUUUCUUUUUCGGGGUUGUGACAUUUGAUUCGCUUCGUUGAGGCUUGCGAGAACCUGCCUGACGAAGAGGAAAGCCACUCUGAGGCCUUUGGCGUUUGUGACAACAGAUUCGUCUUGUUCAUACUUACAAAAAUUAGUCUGGAGAAGAGGAAAAGAAUCCGUAGACUUUUCCUUCGAGGGAUGUGAUUCGUCCAGUGGGCCUUGAGAACCCACUAAAUGCAAACGAAAGCGACUAGAAGACCAUCGGUUUUUAUAUUAGGACUUUGAGCUCGUUCAGUAUCUCGAUGAUUCUUGCAAGGAACUACUGACGGAGAAGAAACCGUCUAACGACCAACCCAUUGACUCUCUUUGUGCUCAGUGACUUCAAGAUCUCGUCCAGCAUCUUUGUGUGAGUACAUGUAAUAGCAAAGGAGUCAUUACAUGGCCAAAGAGGGGCUUCAUAGGAAUCGUAGUGUUCUUGACUUGAAGAUGUCGUAAGGUCGCCCCCCACGAUGAAGAAGUGGUUCCUCAAGCCAGAGUGGACGAAGGCGGACGAGGAGGGGCAAAGCGUGGUGUUCGACGAGCCGGAACAUGACCCCGAUGACUUCCCCCCCCCGCCACCACUUGAGGAUGAAGACCAAGGCCUUGAUGACGACGACGGGAGCUUCGACACACCUCCCCCGGACCCCCAGGAUUACCCCGUGGAUAUGGAGGGCGAGGGAAACACGGAUGGUGUUGAGGGAGAAGGGCUUCAUCAGGAACCGGUGUCGCCGGAGGCAAGGAAGAGAUUCAGCGAACUGUUCGAGCAGGAAGCGAAGCCACGGAAGGUCCUUCAGGUGGUGGCGGGCGCGACGGUGGCCGCCACACACCUGGGCGUCGGCUGUGCCUUCGGGGUGUCGGGAGUGAUGCUGCCCAACAGAACCCAGCCAGCGCCGGGCGACUUGCUCUUCAAGGACAACUUCUACGCUGCCCUCUUCGAAAAUUUGGUUGUUUUGGGGGCCGCCGUGGGCUGCGUGGGGGCGGGACCCCCUCAGGUAUGGGUGGGGCAGCGUGUGACGCUUCUGCUGACCCUGCCUCUUGCUUUGGCUGCCUGGGUGGUGCUAGCCACUUCCCACAGCGUGUGGGUUCUCGUCGUGGCCAGGGCGGUGCAGGGCCUCACCUUAGGCUUCGUUGUGGGGCCCUCCACCAACUACCUGGUGGAAAUCGCCCACACUAACCUCCGUGGAGUCCUGUUCGCUGUCGUCAACGUCGCGGGUCAGCUGGGUUACUUCGUCAUGUAUGCGGCGGGCCACUGGGACGUGUCAUGGAGGGUGGCGGUGCUGGUGUGCGGCUGCCUCGCCACUAUCCUUCCCUUCUUCGGGCUCAUCUUCCUCCCAGAUUCCCCGCGGUGGCUUGCCUCCAGGGACCGCUACCCGGAGGCCAUCAAGGCCAUGACCUUCUUCAGGGGGCCUCGCUAUGACUCGCGACAGGAGCUGGCGGGCGUCGUGGAGCAGCUGGACAAGAGGAAAGUGAAUCCACGCGAUCAACUCCGCCAGAUGGAGAAGCCUGACGUGUUGUGCUACAUGCUUCUGUUCACGUUCCUCUUCAUGGCAUCACAGUUUUCAGGGAGCUUCGUCACGAGUCUGUACACGCUGCAGAUCUUCGGCUACUUCAAGGGGGAGCUAAGUCCCAGCCUGAGUGCUGUCGUCGUGAGUGCUAUACGUGUCAUGGGCGCCGUGUUUCAUCUUAUCAUCGUCGAACAUUUGAGUCGCAAGUUUCUUCUGGUUGGCGCCUUUCUGCUGUGUGCCGGCACCAUGGCUCUGCUCGGCUCUUCCCUCUACGACCAGGCCCACACUCGUGAUAUUCCUCUCCAGUCCUGGCUCCCACUCGCCUCCCUCGCUACGUUUUCCUUCUUUUCAAACUCUGGAAUAUCCAUCCUUGACUUACUCCAAGAAGAGAUCAUGCCGACAUCGGUGCGUUCGAUAGCAGUGAGUUUUCUCUUCUGCCUCAAAUACGUGGGUUCCUUCCUCGCCAUCCAGACCUAUCUUCACGUCGUAGCCGGCCUGGGUCAGCAUGGGGUCUUCUGGCUAUACAGUUUCUUCAACUUCCUCCUCGCUUUACUUGGUGGCCUAGCAUUGCGGGAAACACAAGGUGCAUCACUAGAAGAAAUCACAGCCAAGAGCCAACUCAAGGCAGAGCAAGCAGACAGCAAUUUUGAGGUUCCUGAUGGAGACCAGCAUGUCGAUGACCCCAAUCACAACCUCCAAGGCGGCUACAAGACAGCACACUACAACUACAAUGAAAUGCAGCUUGCUCAGGCGCCCCACAACAGCUUGCGCCGGACUAAUGGCCACCUCAAGUCUUCUCCGCCCAUCAUUGUGCACCAUGACGCCAAUCGGUCCCCUCACCACUCCUAUCAGGAUCCCUAUAAGCCUGCCACUGUCGUCCACCAAGCCGGGGAUACCAGUGUUUCUCAUCCCCUCUAUCCCCCGAGCGAGGACCUGCCCUACGCCUCCAUUACUGAUGGCUGCGUCAAAGUGUUUUUUCUUAACCAACAAUACCAACAGUAAUGGUGUUGACAUGGCUGGCUAGCACGCCAUCAUAGUCAUUAUCUUUAAUCAUUCUUUAUUGUCUUCAUAUUCAUCAUUUCAAUAAAACAAACCCUGAGUGUAUAUGUUGUUCCAAAACUCGUGUACUACACAGUACAUCAUAAUGCAUUAUGAUGAACUAGUGGUGGAUACAGAGUUAUUUAUUGCUAUGCAGCAUUCUAAUAUGCUGUUCUGUUGUAAAGUGGGUGAUAUGAACGGAAUAUUACCUAUAAGCGAUUGCAAUUUUUAUACGCUCUAUAUGAAGCCCCUAAAGAUGCAUUAAUCUGUACAGAAUGUCGAUGUGUAUGGCAGCAAUAAAUAGAGCAGUUGGUGUUAAAAA